CUGUCAGUGCACGGGUCACGUUUCCUAACCUCAUGCUUUUGGCUUCAAAAAAUAAUUAAAGUCAAUGAUAAAACAAUUUGUUAUUUAUUUCACUAAUUCUCUUAUUUAUCCUUGAAUAUGGUUGUUAACAUUUGGCUUUACUACUUUGUUCAAAAAGUAGACAUUUAGUAAACAUUCUGUCUCAUUUCUCAAUACAUUUGUUUACAAGCGGGAAUUCAAAAUGGCUUCUGUGCAAAAGAAGCCAGUUCCCAGAAUUUGCAAUCAAAAACAUGUUUCUCAUCAAAGUUCCCGAUCGAAAUCAAGAUCAUUCACUAGACGAAUGGGUGAACGAACUCAUGAGGUCCGCGCUGUAGCUGCUUGGGUAGAACCUGAACCCCCAAUCCGUGUCAAUCGUGCCUUUAACGAAAUGACUGAAGCCGUGGUGUCUGCCCAAUAUGAGGAACAGAGACUCAAGAAACAACAUCAAGAGAAGAAUGAUCGUCUCCAGAGAUUUCAGGAUCAGGUCAAGUUUCGCGUGAAGAUAUUGGAACAAGUGAAGAAGAGGCAGCAGCUGGAGAAAUCCUAUCGUGCAGUAGAGUUGGAGAGAAAUAUAGUCCAACAGUCGGCGUUUGCUGCAGAGAAGGCAACUUCCCGGAGAGAUCGCUGUUCCAUCUUGAACCAGGGUCCAAUGAUCAUUCAUACAUCCUCCAACAAUAACAACCGUUGCCAUAGUUAUGAUCUGAGAAACACACCAGCUAGGCGCAUUGUAGGUUUGGAGCAACACACCAAUCAGGUUCAUAAGUUUAUGAACGAGGCUCGUAAAAACCUCAUGUCGAAAAAGGUUAUUGGUGAGAACUAUCAAGCAGAUGUAUUGCCAGGUGGACGAUGGAAAGAGUCUUCAACGAGAGAGCGUUCUGUGCAGAGAAACACAACAGAGAGGAAUGGGGUUGAGUUGGAUGACCAGGACCCAGCACCAGAACUUAUCACCACAGACGGUGCUGAUGCAGAGCAGGCCAGUAAACACGCCGCCUUCAAAGACCAGGAUCACUCAUCUAAACGAAGGAAAGGUGGUGUCCUAGGAGACAUUCAAGUCAACGUGCCAGACAUCUACCCUGGAGUAGUCGGGGAGGAGAUGAAAAAACAAACAGUGACGCAGCGUGCCAUGUUCCGUCGUCUUUUUAUGGACAUUGAGCGUGAACAGGUGAAGGAAGUGACGAGGAAGAAGGAGCAUCGCAAGAGGAUCGCACUAUUGAAGAAAGAGAAGGAAGAUAACCGCGAGCGAGAAGAGGCGAGAGCCAAGUACAUGAUUGAGCCACGUGAUGUCGCCACGGGAGAGACGCAGUACGAAAUGGUGAAGAGGGAGCGACAGGAGGAGUCGACGGUUGAUGAGCAGAGGAAGAGGAGCAGUGACCGGGCGAGGAAGACCAAGGAGACCGAGAGGUUUGUCGAUGCGCUGCGCCACAAUCUGCGUGAGAGAAUCAAGAAACGUAACCUGCAGGUUCCUCCCAUGUGCAGCUGUGGAGAGACCGUGUGGGACACCAAUCCUGACACCUGUGCUAACAACUGUGUCUUCUACAAAAACCCCAAAGUGUAUGCUAAAGCCCUCCAGUCUCUCCUGUCAUCAUUCGACCUCUGAAGAAGGUUAACGGUGGGAAAUCACCUGCUGCAUUAACAGGAUGGAAGGUGACAACACCAAACGACCAAGGUCUUCAGGAUGUGCACAGCCACGACAGAGGAACUGGCGGAGUAAACACUGCAUAUCCUGAAAUGUAUUCUGAAUGUGUAGUUAGUGGUUCAUUGCAGAUAUUCUCAACUGCCUGCCUGCCUGCCUGUCUGCCUGAUGUUCAUCUUGGUAGAUCUGUGAAACGAAAAGAGUGGUAUUUUUCUGGUACUUAUAAGUAUGCAUGGUCAUGUGAAACAAAUUAGUCUUAAUAUUCCUGAGAGGGACCCUGUCCUUGGAUGAUUACCCUUAGCCCUGCUCCGUGACAAUCCCUCAGGGUCGAGGGACCCUGUCCUUGGAUGAUUACCCUUAGCCCUGCUCCGUGACAAUCCCUCGGGACGAGGGACCCUGUCCUUGGAUGAUUACCCUUAGCCCUGUUCCGUGACAAUCCCUCCGGGUCGUCUCUCAUCCGAGACGAUCUCCCUGUGCUCGCUGGUGAGCUCCACAAUGGUGAUGAAUCAACUUUGCAUUUGCCUACAGAUAUUUUGACUUCAAUUUGCCAUCAUUUAUGCUGGUCAUAAUGAAUGUGGCAUGGAAUAGUAGUAUAUAGUAUAGGUUGGCCUCAUGUGUUGGGAUUACAGGGUGAUCCAAAAGCAUAUCUCUGCUGUGCUCGCGGACACAAAGCACCAGUGUCAUUGUAUGGAGAAUGUAUCGAGACAUGAUUUGAUUAAGUUAAGAAAGUUGACGGUGAUUUGAGCAGACUCUAAACUUCGCUUCGCCAAAUUGACUUGCAUGUCUUGUCUCAUUUUCUUCCAGAAGUGGUAAUGUACUUAUGGUUGUCCACAGUUUUGUUUUGCUCUGUAUAUCUUAAACCUUGUAUUUGGUUGUGACGUUUGGGAUAGAAUGCAAGACACAUCAAUAAAAGUGAAGUGUAACUGUUGGUUAACUGUCUUAUUAUUCUGUUGGUCACGAGAUAUUCAAAGUCUUCCAAGUUGGUGAAUGCUUUGUAUUUUAUUAUUUUAUAUUAUUUUUAACUAAAGUAAUAUUCUGUAGAAAUAAAAAGA